CCGGCCGUCCGUUGCUAGCUAUGGCAAACGGUGGCGGCGGCGGCGGCGGCGGCAGCAGCGGCAGCAGCGGCGGCGGCGGCGGCGGCGGCGGAGGCAGCGGUCUUAGAAUGAGCAGCAAUAUCCACGCGAACCAUCUCAGCCUAGACGCGUCCUCUUCUUCCUCCUCCUCUUCCUCCUCGUCCUCGGUCCACGAGCCCAAGAUGGAUGCGCUCAUCAUCCCGGUGACCAUGGAGGUGCCGUGCGACAGCCGGGGCCAACGCAUGUGGUGGGCUUUCUUGGCCUCCUCCAUGGUGACUUUCUUCGGGGGCCUCUUCAUCAUCUUGCUCUGGCGGACGCUCAAGUACCUGUGGACCGUUUGCUGCCACUGCGGGGGCAAGACGAAGGAGGCCCAGAAGAUAAACAAUGGCUCCAGCCAGGCAGAUGGUACUCUCAAGCCAGUGGACGAAAAAGAGGAGGUGGUGGCAGCCGAGGUCGGCUGGAUGACAUCUGUGAAGGACUGGGCAGGGGUGAUGAUAUCUGCCCAGACACUGACUGGCAGAGUCCUGGUUGUGUUAGUCUUUGCUCUCAGCAUUGGUGCCCUUGUAAUAUACUUCAUAGACUCAUCAAACCCAAUAGAAUCCUGCCAGAAUUUCUACAAAGAUUUCACAUUACAGAUCGACAUGGCUUUCAACGUGUUCUUCCUUCUCUACUUUGGCUUGCGGUUUAUUGCAGCCAAUGAUAAGCUGUGGUUCUGGCUGGAAGUGAAUUCUGUAGUAGAUUUCUUCACAGUCCCUCCCGUGUUUGUGUCUGUAUACUUAAACAGAAGUUGGCUUGGCUUGAGAUUUUUAAGAGCUCUCAGACUGAUACAGUUUUCAGAAAUUUUGCAGUUUCUGAAUAUCCUUAAAACAAGUAAUUCCAUCAAGCUGGUGAACCUGCUCUCCAUAUUUAUCAGCACGUGGCUGACUGCAGCUGGAUUCAUCCACUUGGUGGAGAAUUCAGGGGACCCAUGGGAAAAUUUCCAAAACAACCAGGCACUUACGUACUGGGAAUGUGUCUACUUACUCAUGGUCACAAUGUCUACAGUGGGUUACGGGGAUGUUUAUGCAAAAACCACGCUUGGACGCCUCUUCAUGGUCUUCUUCAUCCUCGGGGGACUGGCCAUGUUUGCCAGCUACGUCCCUGAAAUCAUAGAGUUAAUAGGAAACCGCAAGAAAUACGGGGGCUCCUAUAGCGCGGUUAGUGGAAGAAAGCACAUUGUAGUCUGUGGGCACAUUACUCUGGAGAGUGUCUCUAACUUCCUGAAGGACUUUCUGCACAAGGACCGGGAUGAUGUCAACGUGGAGAUUGUUUUUCUUCACAACAUCUCCCCUAACCUUGAGCUUGAGGCUCUGUUCAAACGGCAUUUUACUCAGGUGGAGUUUUAUCAGGGCUCUGUCCUCAAUCCACACGAUCUUGCCAGAGUCAAGAUAGAGUCAGCAGAUGCAUGUUUGAUCCUUGCCAAUAAGUACUGCGCUGACCCGGAUGCAGAAGAUGCCUCCAACAUCAUGAGAGUGAUCUCCAUAAAGAACUACCACCCAAAGAUCAGGAUCAUCACUCAGAUGCUGCAGUAUCACAACAAGGCCCAUCUGCUCAACAUCCCCAGCUGGAACUGGAAAGAGGGUGAUGACGCAAUAUGCCUUGCAGAGCUCAAGUUGGGUUUCAUAGCCCAGAGCUGUCUGGCUCAAGGCCUCUCCACAAUGCUUGCCAAUCUCUUCUCUAUGAGGUCAUUCAUAAAGAUUGAGGAAGAUACAUGGCAGAAAUACUACUUGGAAGGAGUCUCCAAUGAAAUGUACACAGAAUAUCUUUCCAGUGCCUUCGUGGGUCUGUCCUUCCCUACUGUUUGUGAGCUGUGUUUUGUGAAGCUUAAGCUCCUGAUGAUAGCCAUUGAGUACAAGUCUGCCAACAGGGAGAGCCGAAGCCGAAAGCGAAUAUUAAUUAACCCUGGGAACCACCUUAAGAUCCAAGAAGGUACUUUAGGAUUUUUCAUCGCAAGUGAUGCCAAAGAAGUUAAAAGGGCAUUUUUUUACUGCAAGGCCUGUCAUGAUGACGUCACAGAUCCCAAAAGAAUUAAAAAAUGCGGCUGCAGGCGGCUGAUCUAUUCCAAGAUGUCCAUCUACAAGAGAAUGAGCCGAGCAUGUUGUUUUGAUUGCGGACGUUCUGAGCGUGACUGCUCGUGCAUGUCAGGCCGUGUGCGUGGUAACGUGGACACCCUUGAGAGAAACUUCCCGCUUUCUUCUGUCUCUGUUAAUGAUUGCUCCACCAGUUUCCGUGCCUUUGAAGAUGAGCAACCGCCAACACUGUCACCAAAAAAAAAACAACGUAAUGGGGGCAUGAGGAACUCACCCAACACAUCCCCGAAGCUGAUGAGGCAUGACCCCUUGUUAAUUCCUGGCAACGAUCAGAUUGACAACAUGGACUCCAAUGUGAAAAAGUAUGACUCCACUGGAAUGUUUCACUGGUGCGCACCCAAGGAGAUUGAGAAAGUCAUCUUGACUCGAAGUGAAGCUGCCAUGACUGUCCUGAGUGGUCAUGUUGUAGUCUGCAUCUUUGGGGAUGUCAGCUCAGCCCUGAUUGGCCUCCGGAACCUGGUGAUGCCGCUUCGUGCUAGCAAUUUUCACUAUCAUGAGCUCAAACACAUUGUGUUUGUGGGCUCCAUCGAGUACCUCAAGCGGGAGUGGGAAACACUGCACAACUUCCCCAAAGUAUCCAUAUUGCCUGGUACGCCAUUAAGUCGGGCUGAUUUAAGGGCUGUCAACAUCAACCUCUGUGACAUGUGCGUUAUCCUGUCAGCCAAUCAGAAUAAUAUUGAUGAUACUUCGCUUCAGGACAAGGAAUGCAUCUUGGCGUCACUCAACAUCAAAUCUAUGCAGUUUGAUGACAGCAUCGGGGUCUUGCAGGCUAAUUCCCAAGGAUUCACACCUCCUGGAAUGGACAGAUCAUCACCUGACAACAGCCCAGUGCACGGGAUGUUACGCCAGCCGUCCAUCACAACCGGAGUCAACAUUCCCAUCAUCACGGAACUCGCUAAGCCGGGCAAGUUGCCUUUGGUAUCAGUCAAUCAGGAAAAAAACAGUGGGACGCACAUUCUAAUGAUAACGGAGUUGGUGAACGAUACUAAUGUUCAGUUUUUGGACCAAGACGAUGAUGAUGACCCUGACACAGAGCUGUACCUCACACAGCCCUUUGCUUGUGGGACAGCAUUUGCCGUUAGCGUCCUGGACUCACUCAUGAGCGCGACAUACUUCAAUGACAAUAUCCUCACCCUAAUACGGACCCUGGUGACAGGAGGAGCCACGCCAGAGCUCGAAGCUUUAAUAGCUGAGGAGAAUGCACUUCGAGGGGGUUACAGCACUCCGCAGACACUAGCCAACAGGGACCGUUGCCGAGUGGCCCAGUUAGCCCUGUUGGAUGGGCCCUUUGCGGACUUAGGGGAUGGUGGUUGUUAUGGUGAUCUAUUCUGCAAAGCUCUGAAAACAUAUAACAUGCUUUGUUUUGGAAUUUACCGGCUGAGAGAUGCCCACCUCAGUACCCCCAGCCAGUGUACAAAAAGGUACGUCAUCACCAAUCCCCCCUACGAGUUUGAACUCGUACCGACAGACCUGAUCUUCUGCCUGAUGCAGUUUGACCACAACGCUGGCCAAUCCCGGGCCAGUCUGUCUCAUUCCUCCCACUCCUCACAGUCGUCCAGUAAGAAGAGCUCCUCUGUCCACUCCAUCCCGUCCACAGCAAAUCGGCCAAACCGGCCCAAGUCCAGGGAGUCCCGCGACAAACAGAAUGCAACAAGGAUGACUAGAAUGGGCCAAGCAGAAAAGAAAUGGUUUACAGAUGAGACGGAUAAUGCCUAUCCCAGAAACAUUCAAAUCAAGCCCAUGAGUACCCACAUGGCUAACCAGAUCAACCAAUAUAAAUCCACAAGCAGCCUGAUCCCUCCAAUCAGAGAAGUUGAAGAUGAAUGUUGACUCCCAGGAGACCAGAACUAUUUUUUUAAAGGCUGACAAACUGCAUAAAUGGUGACGUGACUUCUCUUCCUCUUACAUGCUGAAUCACUGGUGGAAACACUAGAAUAUGCAAGAAUUGCAAGAAAAUAAAAUUAGACAGAUCUUUCUCUUUGCCUUGAAUAUUGCUUCCAUGUAUUUUGGGAAAGAAAAUUAUUUCAUUUAUAAAUGAACAUACUAAAAUAGUCAUGUAUAGUUCCUAGUGUUUUAAAUUAUUUUUAUUUAUUAGAAAGAGAAAUAUAUUUUUCUUUUUUUCAUUGUCAGAUAUCUUCCCAUAUAUCACAGCAAUGCAAAAUUAAAAUGAGUAAGUGGCCAGAUUCCUUAAUGCACAUUUCUCUUCUUUCUCUCUUUUUGAGGAGAAUGAUGGUCACCACCCCAAUUUGUAAUGAAGGGAAAUGGAUUACUAAAACAAAUUUAAGAUGGCCAACAAUGUACACACAUAUUUUAGUAAAUCAAAAAUAAAAAGUAAAAGAAGUGGAGGUGAAUAUUAUUUCCCUCUCUCCCAGACAGGUGUAUGUUUUGAUCUGCAUUGACACCAGCUCUUACAAAUCAGACUUCAUUAUCUUCACAGUUGAAAGUCAUCUCUUUGUAGUUUCAGUUUUCCUCCAGUGUUUCUUAUCCUUUGUUCAUAUAUUUAGAAGAAAGAGCUUCUUGCAAUGUUUCUGCAGUUGCCAGAUCAGGUUUAAGCACCCAGCUCAGGAUAUGGGGGGAAGGGUUUAUAGGCACACCUAGAAUAUGAAGGUCAUGAGCAAGAGGCACCCAGGAGCAGGCUCUGUUGUUCUCAUGGUGAGGCCUCCUCCACCAUGUUUUAUGCUCCUUGUUUCAUACUUCUGAGUCACCCAAGCAAGUUAUGUGGACUGUGGGAGGAUCUGGAAUGUUCUUUUCCUUAUUCAGAGCUUUUAGCCUGAAAGUUGGUGAACAUCAACGCAUAGUUUUACCUAACAAUAGGAUCUAAGAAGUAUGCAUGCUUAUCACAAAUUUUUGGUUUAGAAGUCAGACAAUGUUCACUGUCAAGGAAAUGACUUUUGCUCAAAUUUUCAUUUGCUGGCUUUCCUUGGUCGAAUCGCUGGGACAAAAACAUUCAAACUUACUAAAAUACUUACGAAAACAAAACCAACCGACCAACUAACCAAACAAACAAAAACCAGUAACAACCAAAAGGAAAGUAAGUCAUGCUCUUAACAUAGACUGUUAGAAAAAGGCCUUUGAAAAUUACCAGCAAUGAAAUAAAAUGUAUCAGCCACUUCAA